AUGAAUGAAUGACAUAACGAGCGAACCAGCGUCGAUGGAGGAAACUAAAGAAUGAAUGGCACAGACGUCGUGUGCCUACGUCAUCUAUUCCUCUGCGGAAGGAUAUUUUCAGUUUUCUGAAGUGUAGUUCCGGGAUCUGGAACUACUUUUCAGGAUAGGAAGGGGAAAACGUUAAGCGUGUAAGGAUACAGCGGAGAGACACGUCGCUAGCAGGUGCAAUCACAAAUACGAGGCGUAUGAUGGUAUAGCAUAUGGCGUUUACAAUUGUCUAACGCUAGAAAACCACAAACUAUAACAUUGUGCUUCCACUGGAAUAAUGUCACGAGUGAGCACUAUCUGCUGACCUCCUUUCACCAGAGUGACUUUGCGAAUCGAGUCCAUUCACUCUCCUACCAACAAAAUGUCAGGUACCUACACACCAGCCCCUGGUGGGCCCUUCUCUGCUCUCACUCCGAGCAUGUGGCCCCAGGAUAUUUUGGCCAAGUACCAUCAAAAAGAACCCUCAGGACAGCCUGAACUCCAGUAUGAUGAGUUUGGCUUCAGAGUGGACCCUGAAGAUGAUGGGAAGCCCAGGUCCAGGCUUGGCACUGAAGGCUCCCCCCAGCGUGAAGACCCCCAGCAGCGACUGCGCUGGCAAGCCCACCUAGAGUUUACCCACAACCACACUGUGGGAGACCUGACCUGGGAUCUGAUUGAUCCUGUCCUCUCACGCUCUGAGCGGCUGCGUUCCCUGGUGCUGGGGGGUAUCCCUCACAGCAUGAGACCACAGCUGUGGAUGCGCCUGGCUGGAGCGCUGCAGAAGAAAAGGACCUCUGAGAUCUCUUACAGAGAAGUCAUUAAGAACAGCUCCAAUGACGACUCCAGCACUGCUAAACAGAUAGACAAGGACCUGUUGCGGACGAUGCCAACCAACGCGUGUUUCUGUAGCAUGAGCAGUGUAGGAGUGCCGAGGCUGAAGCGGGUACUGAGAGCCCUGGCCUGGCUCUACCCAGACAUCGGGUACUGUCAGGGCACCGGCAUGGUGGUUUCCUGUUUGCUGCUCUUUCUGGAGGAGGAGGAUGUUCUAUGGAUGAUGUGUGCCCUGAUCGAAGACCUCCUCCCUCCAGCCUACUUUAGCUCCACUCUGCUGGGUGUCCAAACAGACCAGAGGGUUCUCCGCCAGCUCAUCGUUCAGUACCUGCCGGCCCUCGACCGUCUUCUCCAGGAGCAUGACAUAGAGUUGUCGCUGAUCACACUUCACUGGUUCCUGACCUCAUUUGCCAGCGUGGUGGACAUCCGUCUGCUCCUAAGGAUCUGGGACUUACUCUUCUACCAGGGCUCGUUGGUUCUCUUUCAGAUCACACUGGGCAUGCUGAAGAUCAAGGAGGAGGAGCUUGUAUCAUCAGAGAACUCUGCGUCCAUCUUUAACACUCUGUCGGACCUGCCGAGCCAGCUGCGAGAUGGGCCCGCAGUUCUCGGGGAGGCUAUGAGGCUAACAGGGUCGCUAACCCAGGAAACACUGGAAGCUCACCGGCACAAGCACCAAGCCUACAUCCUCAACGAACAGGCGCAGCUCAGCAAUGGAAACAACACAACAUACAGCACCAAUCUCAACAAGGCGGUGAGGAGACAGUCUCUGCGCAGGAAGUCCACUCUGAGCUCCCUGCUGUUCGGGGAGGAUGAAGCAGAGACCCUGAAGUCCAAGAACAUCAAGCAGACAGAGCUGGUGGCAGCCUUACGAGAGGCCAUCACCCGCACUGCAGAGCACUUUCACUGUCUGGACCCUCGGCACUCCAGCGCUGAGCUGACUCCUGACUACUCCAUGGAGAGCCACCAGCGAGACCAUGAGAACUUUCUUGUAGUUUCUCGCACCAGACGGAGGCGGGCUAAGGCUCUGCUGGACUUUGAGAGACACGACGACGACGAGCUGGGGUUCAGGAAGAAUGACAUCAUCACUAUCAUCUCACAGAAGGAUGAACACUGUUGGGUUGGAGAGCUAAAUGGCCUAAGAGGUUGGUUUCCAGCGAAGUUUGUGGAGAUCCUAGAUGAAAGAAGCAAAGAGUACUCAUUAGCAGGCGAUGACUCUGUGACGGAGGCAGUGACGGACCUGGCCCGGGGGACACUGUGUCCGGCCCUGAAGGCCAUCUUUCAGCACGGGCUCAAGAAGACAUCUCUACUGGGAGGGCCCUGUCAUCCUUGGUUAUUCGUUGAAGAGGCGGCCAGUAGAGAGGUAGAGAAAGACUUUAACUCUGUCUACUCCAGACUGGUGCUGUGUAAAACCUACAGGUUAGACGAAGAUGGGAAAGUACUCACACCAGAGGAGCUGCUGUACAGGGCGGUGCAGUCGGUCAACAUGAGCCACGACAGCGCACACGCUCAGAUGGAUGUCAAGUUUAGGUCUCUGGUCUGCGUCGGCUUAAAUGAGCAGGUGCUCCACCUGUGGCUGGAGGUGCUGUGCUCCAGCAUGGCCGCUGUAGAGAAAUGGUAUCAUCCAUGGUCCUUCCUCCGCAGUCCUGGAUGGGUACAGAUCAAGUGUGAGCUCAGAGUGCUUUCAAAGUUUGCCUUCAGCCUCUCCCAAGAUUGUGAGCUACCUGACAAGAAAGAGGAGAAUGAGCAGAGACCCCUGAAGGAGGGAGUGCAGGACAUGUUGGUGAAACAUCAUCUCUUCAGCUGGGACAUUGAUGGCUAGACACACACAGAAACACUCGUCUGAAUCCUACUGCGUCCUCCUGUCUGUGUUUGUGUGAUGUCUCCUUAUCUGUCACUUACAGACUGUCAAUUAUAAUUAAGACACUGUUGUCUGCUACAGGAAGUGACUGCUUCAUCGGUCACGUCACUGUUCAGCCAGUUCUGAAACAUGUGUGCAUUAAAGUGCAUACUUUAUUUUACUUCUGUAGGAGAUUACACUACAUGGUGCAAAACGAUAUAGUAAAACACUGCAGUACAGAUGAGUCUGUACCCAUGAAACUGGAGCUCUCGUGUGUCCAGUACGUAUACAACUCCCUGCUGGACAUUCAGCUUUCAUAGCCGAGUGCAUGUUUUGUGCAGGAGUGAGCGUUCACUCUCUUUCAUUAGUUGUUACAACAGCAGCGGGUCAUCACCACGAGAAACCCUGGACCUUUAACACGGUAUUAAAUGCCACAUUAACCUUUAAAUACCCAGAUAUUAAGACCAAAACAGAACAUUCCUAAAUAUGGAGCUGUAAAGUUACAAAUUAUUUUUGAGAGGGAUGUUAGUUACCUCAAAUAUCAUGAACUCUACGAAACAUUUCAUUAACUACUAAAUGUUGCACAUGCCAAGUAAAGCCUUUUCAAAUAGUUAUACAAGAUUAUGGCUAUGUGUGCUACCUUAUCAGUGGUAGUGAAGUCUGCACUCGUAUGACAUGUAAAUGACGCAGAUAAAUACUUUUUUGUGCUACAAUCUAUAAAUAAAUGUGAAAUAGCCUAUACAGUCAUUUGUUAUGUUUUUGUAUAUACGUGAAUAUAUAUUUUGCUUGUGACUAAAUGUGCCCUUGCGAGUUAAAGCGAUUUAA